GGGGGCUAGAGCGAGAGUGUUUUCAAAAGCAAAAUGGCGGCUGUCGUGGAUGCCAAGGAACCGGUGUGUUAUGAUGUUGUGGCCGUGUUACCAGCUGGUGGAUCCGGAGUGAGAAUGAACUUGAGACUCCCUAAGCAGUUUUGUGAAAUUAAAGAAAGGCCAUUGAUCAGUUACACCUUGGCAGCAUUUGAAAGUGUGUCAUGGAUCAGGGAAGUUGUUGUUCCCAUCAAUGUAAACUAUAUAAAGGAAGCACAGCAGAUUUUGAAAGACUUUAAUCACAGUAAAGUCAGAUUAGUUUAUGGAGGGUCCACAAGACACAGAUCAUUAUGGAAUGGUAUUCAAGCAAUCACUGCAGAUGGAAGAGGUUCACCAACAGUAGUAAUUCUUCAUGAUGCUGUAAGGCCAUUUGUUGAUGAACAAACUCUAAGGAAUGUGACCAUGGCAGCUAAAAAGCAUGGUGCAGCUGGGAUGAUCAGACCACUUUCAUCUACAGUUGUUGCUCAGUUGUGUGAUGGGUUCCUAGAUCAUUCACUUGACAGGUCAAAGUUCAGGGCAAGUGAAAUGCCACAAGCUUUCAAAUAUGAAGUCAUUCAGAAAGCCUACAUGAAGUGCACAGAAUAUGACUUUGAUUAUGGCACAGAGUGUUUACACCUGGCUCAAAAGUAUGCUGAUACAAAUGCUCUGUUGAUUGAUGGACCUGAGUUUCUUUGGAAGGUUACCCACAGAAAGGAUUUGUAUUCUGCCGAAGGAGUCUUGAAAGAAAAGCAACAGCAAGUGCUGUUGGUGAUUAAUGGAACAGACUUCCCAGAGUUCGCGGGAAAGCUGCAUGAACAGUUGCAAGAGAGAGAUGAAAUGGUCACGUAUCUUCCUGACAUAUCUUCAGAUGGACAUCUAUCACAAGAUACUGCGCAGUGUUUGGCAUCCCAAAUUAACUUGAAACAGAUAGCUCCCGGUUGUUGUGUAUCUGUUGUUUAUGUGACGCAGAGCACACACUCAGAUGAACAAGCAGUUUGCAAGGGUCACAGCACAACAGUUAUCCAGUCAUUUCUCAGAUCAUUCUGCGAGACGCUCGACUCCUGUUUGUUAAAAAGUGUAAGACUGGUGAAUGUUGGAUUUCGUCGCGGUAUUGAGGAUUUUAAUACAUUUAAGGCAGCUAUAAAAGAUCUCCAGUCCUGUUUACAGCAACAAGGCGUAAAUUGUUUCGGUGUGCUUGUUCCCGCUAACAGUGCAAACGAACCCGAAGAUAAAGACGCUGAUAUCAAGAGAAUUGUGAAAGCCGCUGAGCUGACAGUGGGCGCAUUAUUGGACGUACCGUCAUUAUUUGGUGGACAAGUAUUCGACGCAAACGCGUGACUCGUGUGGAGUAGAGAGGCAUGUUUGUUAUGGUUCAAAGGGCUGGUGAAUACAGAUACAAUUCAGAGCCAACAAGACUUCUAAUUCCCUGAUUCAAAGCAGAUAAGAUCAUAGUGGUGAACACUUUUGGGGUUAAGAAGCCUUGAAUGUCCUGAAAAACAGAAAAACUUGUUGGAGGAACUGUGGGUAGAAGGAUUUAAGACAAGAUGAACAGUGGUGUACACAAUGCCUUACUGAAAGUAACGCCCAGAGGGCUAAUAGUCUGAUUCUCGUUAUGAGAGACUAUAUCUGCUUAUGGGAUUGUCUCAAAGAACUUUAUAAUUGCGACUGUCACCAUAUGAUUGACACUUCGACUAUAUAACUGACUCGAUGUUAUUACUGGCAAAAAAAGAAGAUGAAAGAUGCUCGUUUAAUAAUUUCAAGAUACAUUGACUAACUCAGAAUUUCCCUCGCUGUCUGCUAUUAAAACUUCCCCACCUAGCUGCAGGUUUGGCAUGAGGUCGAGUUCCAUAAUGCUGUGCCACGGUGAGACAAUUUAUCUAAGAUCAACCAAUAAAAGGGGCAUAUGGAGCUAUGUUAAAUGUAACAGGGUAAUUUAGUAUUAUCAACCGAGUCGAUGACGUUAAUUGGCCUCUGUAAAGAGUUUCAUAGCUGACGUUUCGAGCGUUUGCCCUUCAUCAGAGCUCUGACGUCUGCUUGAAACGUCAGCUUUGAAAUUCUUUACAAUGGCCAAUGUACGUUAUCAAUUCAGUUGAUGAUACCAAAUUAACCUGUUAUACUCUUCCACUGACGCAGCACUCCAGUUUCAUUAGAAACUUACCCCCUUAAAUCUAAUGUGAAAUGUAACUUUGAAAUGUUACGUGCCAGAGAGAAAAAAUAAAGUUAUAUCCUCAAUCGCACGUUUGAAAAUAAUUUUUCAAUCCGCUUAAAGCCGUUAAGGAGCUACACACCGUCCGCUGCAAAACGUUUAGAGAUAUUACAAAGAUAAAGUCCUCUUUAGCUACAUUUAAAGCAAGAAGUGAAAGCAAGAAGUGUUAGAAAUUGUAUGUAUGAAGGCUAACUGCAUCAUCAUUAUCUGGUACUUAUCCAUCUUUUUCUAACAGAGCUACUCCAUUGGAGAGAAGGACAAAACCAGAGUCGAUUUUUUUUUUUAUAAAUUUACCUCGUAUUUUGAUACAGAUGUUGAAACACUGCAGUAAAAGCUGACAUAGUAGUAUUUUCCUCUCCAAGGCGAAUUGUAGUAUAACUGGAAGAAAGGAGUUUAUAUACAGAAAGAGCAAAGGACAUGUUUCCAAAACCGUGCUUUCUCGGCAGUUUCGCUUGCAGGUGUGCUGCCUAGCCGCUCUAUCACCUAUGGUUAUUCAAAGCAGCCAGUACGCCAAUUUUAUAAUCAAUGUUUUCUUGCAAUAGCUUAUAAACAAAAUUUUAGUACAAAUAAAGAUUGUUGUCGAUGUUGA